GCUGAGGGUGGUGGGGGCAGGCGCCGUAGUGGGGUCUCGGGGCGGCGGUUAUUUAUUUUUAAACGUGGCGGGGUUUUAAGAAACGUGUUGUAAGUAUUAAUCUGCGAGGUGCCCGCGGCCCCGAGCAGGACUCGGCGCCUGCCCCCGAUCACGCGAUGAUUGAAAUGCUUGUAACAACUGAAGCUCAAGAAUUGCUAGGUCAGCUCAAUGCUCUGUUGGAACAAGAGUUAAGAUAUCAGCCAAAGGCUUCUGGCCUGAGACUAAUUGAAACUGCUCAUGACAAUGGCCUCCGAAUGACUGCAAGGUUGCGAGACUUUGAAGUAAAAGAUCUCCUCAGCUUAACUCAAUUCUUUGGCUUCAGUACAGAAACAUUUUCUUUAGCUGUGAAUUUCUUAGACAGGUUUCUGUCAAAAAUGAAGGUGCAGCCUAAACACUUAGGCUGUGUUGGACUGAGCUGCUUCUACCUGGCUGUGAAAGCAACAGAAGAAGAAAGAAGCAUUCCCUUAGCCACUGACUUAAUUCAAAUAAGCCAGUACAGGUUCACUGUAUCGGACAUGAUGAGAAUGGAGAAAAUUGUGUUAGAGAAGCUAUACUGGAGAGUCAAAGCUACAACUGCCUUUCAGUUUCUACAACUCUAUCACUUGCUUAUCCAUGAGAAUUUACCUUGUGAAAGAAGAAAGCAUCUUAAUUUUGAGAGACUUGAAGCCCAGCUUAAGGCAUGUCACUGCAGAAUCAUGUUCUCUAAAGCCAAGCCUUCUGUUUUGGCAUUAUCUAUAUUGGCACUAGAGAUUGAAGAAAAGAAACUGUUAGAGUUGAAAGAAGUGAUAGAAUGCCUUCAGAUACAUUCCAAGACAAAUAGCAGAGAUCUAACUUUCUGGAAGGAGCUGGUAUUAAAGUGCCUUGCAGAAUAUUCAUCAAACAAGUGUUCAAAACCAAAUGUUCAGAAGCUGAAGUGGAUUGUGUCAGGACGUACAGCACGGCAGCUGAAGCAUAGCUACUACAGAAUCUCGCACCUCCCCACAAUCCCAGAGACUGGCUCGUAACAGUGUCUGCACAGGAAUCUUAAAAUAGAAAGAUGACUAUCCUGAAGGCUGGCUUACAGAAUUCAGCUGUGGAAUUGAAAACUGAAGCCUAAAACCUGACAACUGUUCAACUUGUGGGAAAACUAAAACAUCCAGGUUUCUUUAGUAGACCUUUCCAGCAAAUGCAGUUGUACUGGUGCUGACUACAGGAGUAGUGAACAGUUCCUGAAGGAUGAAUGACUAAAACCUGCCUGAAUAUUGAAAUAUGAAAAUGUAACAGUGAAGAAUCGUAAUACUGUUUAUAGUAGUGAAUAGCCUCAAGACAACUCAGUAGUUAACUGACAGAACAGCUAGUGUAGUUUAACCUUGGUUACUGCAACUGUGGCUGUUUAGCUGGAUUACAUAACUUCAUGCAAUUUGAUUUUCCACCUCCUAAAACUUGUACUUGAAACAUAGGAGGCAUAAUGUGCUUCAGGACUCCUGAGGCUACCAAACAGUCUCUGACAUCUCCCUGAUACUGCACGGGAUAGAUAACUGCAUCCCAGAGACUAAGUCAAAUGUUUUGUAUUGUUGUGUUUUUCUUUUUGAGUAGCCAUGUCAUCGUGCACAAGGCAGUGGUCCUUUGAUGCAGUGCUGUCCACCUCCAGUGCAGAGUUGACAACUCUGGCUAAGACGAUAAAAUACAAAUCAGACAGAUGCUAUGCUGGGGCAAGCCUGCAGUUGUUACUCUUCAUCAUUAUUGAACUUAGCCAUCCUUCUACCCUCAUUUUGUGAAGAGUGUAAUUUUGGGAACUUUGAAUGGUGGAGAUUGAAAGCAUGGCUUUCACAAGCAAACUGCACCCUAUAUCAGUUUGCAAUGUCAGUAAAACUGCUACUUUGCUAUUGCUGUUUAAAGUCAGUUGUAGAGCCUGACAAAAUCUUCCCCCUAGAUUCUAUUCUAGACAAUGGAGCAAAUUCUGAUUGUUAUGCAGGUGCUGUUUGCAUGCCCUCAAUAGAAAUUGUACCAGUACCACCAUAAUGUAAGAUGACAUCAGCUUUUGUUGCCUAAAUAGGAGAUUGUAUCUAUUCCUUUAAUAGUUGGAGUUCUGAAUCAGCUCUGCUACUUUGAACAAGUACAGCUUCAUUCCUUGUUUGUCACUAAAAGAUCUAAACCUAUGUGUCAAUACUAGCUCUUCAGCACUAGAGGAAUGAGAGAGUACAUUCUAAAGAUGUUCAUAAAUGGGAUGCCUAAGCGCAAAUAAAGCUGCAGCGUUGUAUGUCAUGAAGCAAAUGUCUGAAGCUGGGAUGUAGGCAGUGAGCUCUGAAUGCUCUGCUCUGCACUGCAUUGCAUGAGAACCUCUUAUUGGUCAAUCAUUAACUCCUGCAUGCACCCUAAACUUAUCUGGGCAAUGGGAGAAAAGAACUGUCAAUAGUUAAAUAAAACAUGGGGCUGGUACACUAACAUCUACUUUCCAAAGUCUAACACUGAUUUUUGGGGAAACUCCUCACCUUCCUUCUAAUGUAGUAAAAGCAUAGUCAAACUUCCUACAGAACACUUUAAACUACUGCAAGUAGUGAACAGCUUGAGGAGGAAAAUUUUUUACUAUAAACUUAAAGGUGAAUGUUGUUGCUAACCUUGACCAUGCAGAUAGCAGCGGUAACUACAUACAGCGUACCUAACUGGUGAAAGGGGCAAGGGAUGUAAAGGAUAGUACAUGCUAUGCAAGUUGAAUGCAACUGCUGAAGAUGCACUGAGCUAGUUUUAGCAGAAGUAACUGUUUCAGUUUCAUUAAAGAAUGUACCUUUCAAUAAAACUUAUUGUAAUGCA